AAAGAACCACGGAUAAUUAAUAAAAUACUAUAAUAUUACGAUCAAAGUCACUGCAGAGAUCCACUUUAACGGUGCAUAUUACUGGUACAGUCACUGAAUCCACUAGCACGUUUCUCAGACUCUGCUUCUCUUCCCAAUUUUACUCAUUCCUUCUGAACCUGUUUUCUAUUCUAUAUUUUGUACUCUUUCUUCUUCCAAAUAACACUCACAGUGUCACACACCACACAAGUCACAAGAGAAAAACAAAGGCUGGAAAGUGGAAGCAUUUUAAUGGCUACCAACAAGUUUGCUACCAUGUUGCAUAGAAACACCAACAGAAUGGUUGUGAUUCUAGUCUAUGCAGUGCUUGAAUGGCUUUUGAUAGCACUCCUUCUUCUAAACUCUUUGUUCAGUUACCUCAUCACAAUAUUUGCCAAAUGUGUUGGCCUCCAACCACCGUGUCUUUGGUGUUCAAGGGUUGAUCACGUAUUGCAGAAAGACAUUGCCACGCAUUUGCACAAGGAUCUCGUGUGUGAGGCUCACGCAGCAGAGAUUUCCAAGCUCGGUUACUGCUCAAAUCAUCAGAGACUCGCGGAGACACACAGCAUGUGUGAGGAUUGUUUGGCCUCUCGGCCAAACCAUCCCGAGAACUCGUUCGGAAUGAGGCAAAGAAUCGCUUUCAUCUCGUGGGUGAGUAGUCAUGGCAAACAUGAAAAUGGAGAUGAUGACAUAAUGGGAUUGAGAAGGUGCUCUUGCUGCAAUGAGAGCUUGAGCUGCAGCAGCAGCAGCAGCCAGCUUUACUCUCCUUAUUUGCUGUUGAAGCCUUCUUGGGGCCAUGAGAAUUACAAUAGCAAAGGGUCUUCUUUUAUUGUGGAAGAGGCAAUAGAUGAUGAAAAAGAAGAUGAUAAGGACCUUGAGUUUGAUUUUGAGUUUGAGAGAAACAAUGGAGAAGAAGAGGUGGCAGAUGAGCAUCAGAUACUUUCUGAUAUCGAGAGUUUUAUCCUCAUAGAGGCGGCCGAGGAUCGUUUGAGUUCUGUUUCCAACUUGCAUUCGGAUGAAAAGGAUGCGGAAAAAGAUGAGAAGGAAGAUGAUGAUGAUCUUAUCAUCAUCACUGAGCUGGAUCCAAGUGGUGAUCACAAUUUUGUUUGUCAAUUCACUUCCACUAUGCAGGGUUCACUGUAUGGAGAUCAAUCACUUGAAGUCAUCAAUGUGCAUUUUGAGAAUCAUAUGGCUUGUGAUAGCCACCGUUUGGUGCCUGUCAAGUUAAUUGACUCUAUUACCUCUUUGAAUCUUGAAACAUACAAAUUGGAUGAGUCACCAAUUGAAGCACAAUCAAGUAUCUUAGAAAGGGGAGGAUUACUCACAGUGGAUGAGAGUGCAGAGAAAACAAGUGUGAGAGAACUUGAAAGCUUGGAAAAUUGUAUAAAUUUGGAACUUGAAGGGUUAAAACAGAAUUCAGUUGAUGAGGUACAUCCACAGGGGACUACUGCUGGAGAAGCUCAGACUUUGCUGAAUGAUGACAACAGUGUUGAAGCAGCUACUGAAGAACUAGAUGAUACACAAGUUGAUUUGCCUCAAUCUCAAAAACCAGAAAGCUCUAAUGAAUGCACAGAAGAAGAUGAAUCUUCAUCAAGUGAUGAUGAUGUUGGAGUCCAAAAUGCCUUUGAUAAGUUCAUUGCUCAGAAUAAUCUAAGUAAGUCUCAAAGUUUAUCUAAUGGUGACAACAGUAUGGAAGCAGAGAUGCAAGAACCAGAAAAUCCACAAGCUAAUCUGCCUCCAUCUGAAGAACCAGCCUGCUCUUGUCAAUGCAUAUCAGAAGAUGAAUCUUCAUCAAGUGAUGAUGAUGCUGAAGUUCAAAAUGCCUUUGAUGAAUUUAUUGCUCAGAAUCGUCUAAGUCAGUCUCAAAGUUUAUCCAAUGAUGAUAAAAGUAUAAAAUCAGAUACGGAAGAACCAGAGAAUAAACAAGAUAACCAUUCUCCAUCUGAAGAACCUGCUUGCUUAUCUAACAUACAAGAAGAUCAAUCUUCCACAAGUGAAGAUGAUACUGAAGCUCCAAAUGCCUUUGAUGAAUUCAUUACCCAGAAUAAUCUCUGUCCAGAUAAAACAGGUGCAAAUGACACCGAGUAUGCUAAGAACAUUGAGAAAACAAUAGCAGUUGAGAAAAAUCAUGAAGAAACAAGCCAUGAAUCAUCCAAGUGCCCAGAGCCAUACGAAGUAGAAGAAGAGAAACUUCCUGAGACUCCUAGAUCUGUAGAUGGCCUGCAUUACCUGCAUAAAAGAGAAUCAGUAGCAAAUGACUCUGUGGAUGGCAGUGUUGCAAGUGAGGCAGAAUGUGGCGACCCGGUAUUAACAAUCGACCGGCUAAAAACAGCUUUACAAACUGAAAGAAGGGCUCUAAGUGUUGUAUAUCAAGAACUAGAAGAAGAGAGAAGUGCAUCAGCAGUAGCUGCCAACCAGACAAUGGCAAUGAUUACAAGACUACAGGAAGAAAAGGCAGCAAUGCAGAUGGAAGCAUUGCAAUACCAGAGGAUGAUGGAAGAACAAUCAGAGUAUGACCAGGAAGCUUUGCAGCUUUUGAAUGAGUUGAUGAUGAAAAGGGAGAAAGAGAAGCAAGAACUUGAGAAGGAGUUGGAAGAGUAUAGACAGAAGGUAAUGGAAUAUGAAGCAAAAGAGAAACUAAGGGUGUUGCAAAGAAUGAAAGAUGGAAGUGUAAGAAGUAGAGGAUCCUCUUCUUCUUGCAGCAACAUGAACUACACUGAUGAGCUAUCCAUUGAUCUUAACCGCGAGGUGCAUGACGAAGAUAAUGUCUUGUUCAACCAUGAGGAGAUCAGCCACAAUAAUGCAACUGAUGACACAGUUUCUAAUAUGGAGGAGAUGGCACUAGACUGUGUAAAGCAUGUAAGUGCUCUUGAUGAUACAUUGGCUGAAUUUGAGGAAGAGAGGGCUUCCAUUCUAGAACAGCUCAAAGCAUUAGAGGAAAAGAUUAUUUCACUUGCAGAUAAUGAGGAAUUUCUUGAUGACAUCAAAUUGAUUGAGCAUUCAUCAAUGUAUGGUGACAAAGACUUGAAUGAAAACUGCAACUUUAGCAGUGUUGAAGAGGAGAAUGGAUAUUCUAAUGGGUUUUCAGAUGAUAAACACUCUCCAAUAGGUUCCUUGGCCAAGAAGCUACUUCCAUAUUUAGAUGCAGCUGAGAAUGAGACUGAGGAAACAUACACACUUGAGGGACAAUUGGAAUCUGAAUCAUCUGACAUGCAAAACUCAGUUCCUAUACUUGAAAUGGAUAGCAUGAAGACAUGCAUUGAAGAGGAGGUUGAUCGUGUUUACGAGAGGUUACAAGCUCUUGAAACAGAUAAGGAGUUUCUACAACACUGCAUGGGUUCCAUACAGAAUGGUGGAGAGAAAGGAGUGGAUCUGCUUCAAGAAAUCUUGCAACAUCUUCGUGAUCUUAAGGAUGUGGAAAUUCGCCUGAAGACCUUGGGAAAUGAUCCACUAUAGUCAAGUUAACAUUCACCAACCAAAGACAUGUAGGCAUAAGGUAUUAGAUGUUGCUUCAUGAUGAAUGUGCACAUUUAGGAUUUGUGGGAAGUCAUUUCUCACCCUGCAUCAUGUAGACCUAAGGUAACCAAAUUUUGUUGCAAAAAGUCAGAAAAUUUUCUCCAACGGAGGGAGGGAUUUCUGGUAUCAUGUGAUGGUUUGUUAAUUUGGUAAAAAAGAGUUGAAGUAUGUCCAUAUCUAAGGUGUCAGCUUGAUGGGCUAUCUACAAAAAUUGUGAGGCCCAAAAUUUUGCAGGACUAUAGGAGAACAUCAUUUGGUCUCCUCAACUUAGUCCGAUUUCUCAAUACAUCAAAUCUGCAACUUUUUUUUUUUUUUUUUUUUAUAUUUCAUUUCCUUAUCCUUGUUAGGUGGGAGAAGGAAAGUAGUGAAGUUGUACGUGAAGAAUGGGGUGGUAAAAGUAUGGGCUUGUAAACCUCACGGAAAAAUCAUGUGUCCAUCUUGAUGUAUAUAAUCUGUAUCAAUUUGUUAAUCAUUGUGUUGU